AUCCCUCCCUCCUCCACAAAUCUCCUCCUACCCCCUCCCUCCUCCUCCUCCACAAAUCUCCUAAUCCCUCCCUCCUCCACAAAUCUUCUCCUAACCCCUCCUCCCUCCCCCUGUGAAAACCCCAGCCAUGGAGUGGAACAUUUGUUUUAUUUAUUUAACUAGGCAUUACCGUCUACUGUAACAGUCUAACCUGCCUUUAUUUAGCAGAGGACCACCCUACACUCUCCCUAACAGACCUCCUCCUGCCCCAGUCAUGAUGGUGCCCCCUCCUCCCACCAACCAGCCCCAUAUCUGCCUGUCCACCCUGCUGAUCAUGAGCAGUAUGGCCCUGAUUGAUGCCUAUCUGGUGGAACAGAACCACGGGCCCAAGAAGAUAGGUAUCUGUAUCAUGGUGAUGGUAGGGGACCUCUGCUUCCUCAUCGUGUUGCGGUACGUGGCGGUUUGGGUCGGGGCCGAGGUACGGACAGCCAAGCGAGGCUGUGCCAUGAUACUCUGGUUCCUCUAUAUCUUUGUCCUGGAGAUCAAGGUGUACUUUGUGUACCAGAACUAUAAGGCUGACAGGAAGUCUCUGGAUGCUCUGGCCCGUAAGGCCCUGACCCUACUCCUCUCAGUCUGUGUCCCGGUGCUGUUUGUUGGUCUCGUGGCAAUAGACCAUAUGGAGUACGUACAGCCGUCCAAGAAGAAAGAGGAGCUGCGUAACAGGUUGUUCUGGGUGGUGGUGGACCUGCUAGAUAUCCUGGAUAUUCAGGCUAAUCUCUGGGAACCCCUGAAGAAAGGUCUCCCUCUGUGGGCUGAAGGACUGAUGUUCUUCUAUUGUUACAUCCUGUUGCUAGUCCUUCCCUGUGUCUCUCUUAGUGAGAUCUCCAUGCAGGGCAUCAAUAUAGUCCCACACAAGAUGAUGCUAUAUCCUAUCCUCAGCCUGGUCACCAUUAAUAUUUUAACCUUAUUGAUCAGAGGCUGUAACAUGCUGCUGUAUAGGGAUGCCCGGGUCAGUGGGAUCCUGAUAGGGAAGAAUGUGUUAGCUAUCAUACUAAAGACCUGUAGCUUCGUCCAGUACAGGAAGCAGAUACCGAACACUCCUCCUGCUUUCGGGUUGGAACGACAGAGGAACUCUGUACCACAUCACCAUGGUAACCAGGGUCUUGGACGCCCUGUUUCUAUAGUGAUGACCGCUCACCCGCAGGUGGUCCUCCCGGACCAGACAGCCCUGCCCCUCCCUCUGCCAGAGGUCACAACUACAUGUCAACAUACAUGACUGAGACCAGGAUCAUACCAUGUAUGUAUGCCCCUCAGGAUAUUAUACACGGGACACACAGGAACAUCUGACUCUGACCAAAAUCUACAUGGAUGUACCAAUAUCAUGUAUGACCAUCAGGACUCUACAGGGCAAUGGUCAAAAUCAUGUGAAAAACCUUGGAUACCCUGGAUAUUAUCACUGAUCAGAAGGACACUUUACACUUCUAAUAGAACAUAAAGCAGUGUAUGGAUAUUGUCACUGAUCAAAGGGACGCAGGAUCCUUAUGGAGUAUAGAGCAGAGACAUGGAGAAUGUUUAUGAAGAACCUUGAUACAAAGAAGAUUAUAAUACCAAUCUGAAUGUAUAUUAUCAUUGGAACACAGUGGAAACUCUCCUUAAGGAUAAUAUGGUGACAUGGACAACACCUUCUAGUGUAAAUAACAGUAUCUCUAGACUCUUAAUAUUUGCCCUGUGGAUUCAGAGAACAGUAUCUCCAGACUCUGCAAAUUAAAGACUUUCCUCUGUGGAUUCAAAUAACAGUAUCUCUAGACUCUGUUAAAGACAACACAUUCUGGUGUAAAGAACAGGAUCUCUAGACUCUGUUAAAGACAACACAUUCUGGUGUAAAGAACAGGAUCUCUAGACUCUGUUAAAGACAACACAUUCUGGUGUAAAGAACAGGAUCUCUAGACUCUGUUAAAGACAACCUAUUCUGGUGUAAAGAACAGGAUCUCUAGACUCUGUUAAAGACAACACAUUCUGGUGUAAAGAACAGGAUCUCUGAACUCUGUUAAAGGCUUCAUUUCCCUGCAGAUUUAAUGAAUAAUGAAUGUUUUAUAAUUAAACAAAAAACAAGAAGUAAAAUACAGGUUAAGAUAAAUACUUGCAUUAUUAGAAUAUAACAACAGAUGGUUGUUCCUGUGCUGUAGUGGACAAUUCAGUUUUAAUCAGUUGAAUAUUGGAGUCAUUGGCACUACAGAGUUGGGAGCUGAUGGGCACGUUCCAAGCUGGCUGCAUUGCAAACAUUCCAUUAACUAAUGGCUGUGAGCAUCAGCUUACUUUAUCAUACGAUAUGGAAUGCUGAUAUGUUAAACCUAUCCAGGCUUGUAAGAUCUGGCAUGGUCCGCAAUGUAGUCAUUCAGGAAUACCACACAGAGAAUUAAAAUGAUUUACAUUUGAAACAAAAUGCUUUGGCAUUAAAU